UUUCUAACGGCUGAGGGUAGGGUCGGGAUACAGCUACGGCGACGAAAGUUACGUUUAGGUUAGGCACCAACCGACUGGUUAGGUUUAGGAAAAAGAUUGUGGUUUGGUUUGAAAUACAUCAGAGGAACUAUCACAAAUUUCCUGGUAGAAAAAUAUAAACAUUUUAUUAUUAUAUUAGCCUAGCUUUUGCGAGAUUUAGGGUAAUUUUGCUCACUUUCCGAACGUAGCUGUAUUCCUUUCUAGCCAUAACCGUUAGUUAUUACGAAAAGGGAAAAAGAGUGACAACCCUCUGUCACCUGACUACGUUCCUUCAAUCUUCAAUCAUGUUCCAUCCCCGGAGAAGAGAAAAAGAAGAAUGAGAGUCAUAUGUGAUCUACAAGGCGUAUCCAUGGAUAUUACCAGAGAGAUGGCAACAGAAUCAUUAAUGGAGGAUACCACUACAGAGGAAAGCACUACGGUCACUGAAAUGGGAGAACCGUCCAUGGAUUGUGAUCAUCCAGAUUUUGUCCCAUCCAUUUUUUCUCAUAGCACCCAAGACACCACUGGAAAGGAGGCACGGUAUGAAAGAAAGAGAAGGUGGGAUGAAGCUAUGGCCCCAGUUUGCAGCCCCACAGGCACAACUGAGGCAUCUCUUCUAGAAUACUCUGAAGAAAAGGAACAGGAGGAAGAGUUGGAACAAACUAAAGUGAAGCAUGCUGUGGUUACCCAUCCCCAAGACCAUGACUAUGCAAGUUGCCCACCUCCUGAUGCUAUGGAGAAGGUACUGGAAAAGAUUAAGGAGUUGGAGGAACGCCUCAAGAAAAACACAAGGGUCCAGACACAGUUGAGCAGGUUUUGUGUUUCAGAUGAAGAUUUCAAGUACUACACUAGAUUUUCCUCUGAACACAUUUUUACGUUUUUUUGGAAAUCAAUUGAGCCCUCAGCAUCAAAAGUUGUAUAUUGGAAUAAAGCACAAAAAAUGGGAAUGGAGAAUGUGUUCCAGGAAACACCAAGCCCUCACUGCAAGCUACCUCUCAUCGAUGAGUUUUUUUUGUAUUGUUUGCGCACUGCUGCUGGACUUAACGAGAAGGUGUUGGCUGGUAUGUUUGGUUUGAAUGUUUCCACUGUGAGCAGGAUACUCAUUACUUGGGCCAACUAUUUAUAUCUUUUACUUGGAUCCAUUCCUAUCUGGAUGACUAGGGAUCAGGUGAGGAGAGCAAUGUCUCGGAAGUUUCAGAGAAAAUGUCCCAAAGUCAGAGUCAUAUUGGAUUGCUUUGAUCUGCAAUGUGAAUCACCAACAUCCAACAUUUCAUGCUGUGAGACAGAUUCCACAGACAAGUCUCAUUCCACAUUCAAGGGGCUGAUUGGUGUUUCACCAAGUGGUGAGGUGACUUUUGUCUCCACGCUCUACAAAGGAUCCAUCUCUAACAAGGAGAUGACAAGGUUGUCUGGAAUACUUAAUUUACUGGAGCAGGGGGAUGAAGUAAUGGCUGGCAAGGACUUCCUGAUUGAGCAUUUAUUGUCCAUGGUUGGAGCCAAGCAAGUUCCCCCUCAGUUCCCACUAAAAGACAAAGAGAAAACCCUUGAAAUGACCCACCCUCUUUUCAAAAGAAUUAUGUGUAAAGUCAAAGAGUUCCAUAUAUUUGACUGUUCUAUUCCACUUUACUUAGCUGGCAGCAUCAAUCAGAUCUGGGUAAACAGCUGUCUGCUCCUAAAUUAUCUAGGACCAAUGGAGUUGGAUGAUAAACUAGCAAAAUGCAUAUGAGCCCUCUAUUCUGUUAGGGGUAUAUGAAAGGUAUAUAUUCCCCAUCUUUGCUGCAAGUGUUAUUUUCAAUGCAGUUUGUUUUCCCUUUGUAGCUUAUAGUGCUUUUUUCUCAUUUUUAUGCCUAUGUAGUUGUUGCUUGUCUUAAGAAUGUCAUUGCUCAGGAUGAUCUUGUUACACUGUGGACAUAAUAAAAAAUAAAAAAAGAAUUUGACUUAUGAGGUAGCGAUAGCAAAACAACUCGAGCCCAAAGCACACCAUUUGAAAAGUCAUAAUGUCAAAAACUGUUUGUAAGUAUGUAAUAAAAUGUGCAAGGUUGUGUCUUGA